UGCAAACCCCUCCAAGCCCCCAGAACUUAUUAUUAUUCUCAUAGACCUAGAAUGGGUGUUGUUAUUUUGACGGUCGGACUAGAACGGAGAACGGUUAAAUGAGUAAGCGACCGUUAGAGUUUAACCUCAACAACUACUGGUGAUAAUAUCAUUCACACACACACAUAGGAGCUAUGUCAAAUCUCAAUGAUGCAAUUAUACCGCUUAAACUUCAACUACUGUUAAGUCUUCUUUUGCUGUAUGCUGAGACUUGGGUUAUUGGAGAAGUCAAUUUACCUUUGAGUUUGAAUUCUAAAUAUGGGCCUCGUGAUGCCCGCAUAGAGUCUUCUAAUAUUCAUCAACUUCACAACGUGGUGUUGACAAGAACCGCAGAGACAAAAAAAAAAGUACCUUAGAUCUUGACCUUCAGUAAUAUUUGAAAAACCUUAUAAUUG